AUGGCUACACAAGAAGUUCCAACAUUCAAGUUGGUUUUAGUCGGAGAUGGUGGUACUGGUAAAACCACUUUUGUCAAGAGACACUUGACUGGAGAGUUUGAAAAGAAAUAUAUUGCCACCUUGGGUGUCGAGGUCCACCCCUUGGGCUUCCACACCAACUUUGGUGAGUUGAAGUUCGAUGUUUGGGAUACUGCUGGUCAAGAAAAAUUUGGUGGAUUGAGAGAUGGUUACUACAUCAACGGUCAAUGCGGUAUCAUUAUGUUUGACGUUACUUCGAGAAUCACCUACAAGAACGUCCCCAACUGGCAUAGAGAUUUGGUCAGGGUCUGCGAAAACAUCCCCAUUGUAUUAUGCGGUAACAAGGUCGACGUCAAGGAACGUAAAGUUAAGGCCAAGACCAUCACUUUCCACAGAAAGAAGAACUUGCAAUACUACGAUAUCUCGGCCAAAUCAAACUACAACUUUGAAAAGCCGUUCUUGUGGUUGGCUAGAAAAUUGGUUGGUAACCCUCAAUUGGAGUUUGUUGCUUCCCCAGCUCUUGCUCCUCCUGAAGUCCAAGUUGAUUCCGACUUGAUGCAGAAAUACCAACAGGAAAUGGAACAAGCUACUGCUUUGCCAUUGCCUGAUGAAGAUGAUGCCGAUUUAUAA